AAAAAAAACUAAUAACAAAAUGUUCAUUUUUGUAUGAGGAAUAUGAAGUGCAAUUACGUACAUCGAGGUUUGUCUUCGUCAUUCUCCAAGCUCGGAUAUCAUAUCGGCUGUCAUCCACUCUGGUUCAUCUUUAUUCCCCUGAUCUUCACUGGAAUAUCAUCGAUGGGGUUUAUAAGCAUAAAAUUUGUAACAGACAUAGAGUAUCUAUAUACACCGAUAAAUAGUAGAGCAUUAGCAGAAAGAACGAUCAUUGAAUCUUUAUUCUCUUCUAAUUUAACAGCUGAUUAUGAUUUCACCCGAGAUACGAGACUUAGAAAAGUUGGUUUUCUUGUUUUUAUAGCUAAAGAUGGAGGUUCGAUGUUGAGAGAAGAGAUAAUGGAUGAUAUUAUUUCGGCAGACAAUUUAGUGAGUAACAUAACUAUAUUUGUGAACAAUGUAACUGUUUCUUAUUUCGAUUUAUGUUGUAAAAAUAAUGGAAAAUGCUAUCAAAAUGGAAUAUUACGUUUAAAAGGAAAAAUAAAUGAUAUUAGAAACAACAAAACGAAAGUAAAUGCUUUUGUAAACAAUGAUAAUUUUGCAAUAUAUACCGAACCUCACGCAUUCAACUUGGGAAAAAUAACGUUUGAUGAAGAUGGCUAUUUGAAAGACGUAAAGGCUAUUCGCUUGUUUUAUUUUUUAGACGAUAGUACAGUAGAAAAGCUGCACAAGGCUGAAUUAUGGGAAAGGACAUUUUUGGAUGUUGUAUCUAAUUUGCAUUAUUCACACGUAGAUUUAUCUUAUUUCACUAGAUCUUCUUUCGAUACAGAAUCCAAUCGACUAACAGAGAUGAGCGGUCCAUUAUUAAUCAUUAUCAUACCUAUAAUGGGCUUCUUUGCUAUAAUAUCGACUAUGACAAAAGAUUGGGUAACGAGCAAACCAAUAGUUGGAAUUUCUGGAUGUCUUAAUUCUUCUUUUGCGGUCAUCACUGCUUUUGGAAUAUUGUUAUGGUACGGAAGAGAAUAUGUAGACAUCAAUAUAGGUAUACCAUUCUUAAUGCUAGGUAUUGGUUUGGAUGAUUCAUUCGUGCUACUUGCAGCUUGGAGACGUACAGAUCCGAAAUUACAUGUGUCAAUUCGAAUGAAAGAGACUUAUUCCGAUGCAGCAGUCUCCAUUACAAUUACCUCUCUUACAAAUUUUGUUUCUUUCUGUAUUGGUAUGACUACACCUUACAGGAUUGUCAAUAUAUUUUGCAACUACAUGGCCAUAAGUGUCCUCUUUGAUUUCAUUUACCAAAUUACAUUUUUUGGAGGAUGUAUGGCUUUGUCUGGUUAUAGAGAAAGCAAAAAUCUGCAUGCAGCAUUUUGUUUUCCUGUCAAGACGGAAUUCCCAAAAGUUAAUUACCUUCAUCAUCUUCUUACAUAUGGAAUUGCAAAGAAAGAAAGAAAACCCGAAGAUAACUAUGGAAAUUCUAUAAUGCUUUUGUACAGGGAUGUUUUAGGAAAUUUCUUAUGCCAAUCUUGGGCAAAAAAAUUAAUUAUGUUUGCAACUUUCAUUUACUUACUCGGUGCAAUAUAUGGUUUACAAUUUACUAAAGAAGGAUUAAGAUCACAGGAUAUCUUCCGUUAUAACUCUUUUGGAGUAAAAUAUACAGAAUGGCAUUAUAAAUACUUUACUCAAUAUCCUCAUAGAAUACAUGUCGUCAUAAAUAGUACAUUGGAUUACUCGAAUCCAAAAGUGCAGAAGCAAGUAAUGGAAUUUGUUGAGAAAUUUCAGAAUUUAUCUUCCAUUGAAAGUGAUUAUUUUACAGAAUUUUGGUUAAAGCAUUACCUAAAAUUCAUUCGGAAUAAAAUAUCUUGGUUUUCUCUAUCUGGAUAUAACAUUAGCAAUUCUGAUGAUUUUAUAGAAGGUCUCCGCAAAGUUUUCUUAAAAUUACCAUGGGCUAAACAUUUAAAACAAGAUAUUAUAUUCAAUGAAGAUGGAAAAAAGAUUAUAGCAUCCAGAUUUUUCAUACAAAGCGUUAAUGUCAGUACUACGAAUGAAGAAAAACAAUUAUUAAUAGAUUUGUGGAAAAUAGUUGAUUCUUCAAACUUUAAUGCUUAUGUUUACCAGUUUUGGUUUACUAUUAUAAAUCAAUAUAUAGGAAGCACUCCAACAACCAUACAGACUCUGUGUAUAGCCGCAAUAUUGGUUACUAUAGUGUUCUUUGUUUUCAUACCCGACAUUAUAUGUGCAAUAUGUGUGGCGCUUACCAUAAUUUCUAUCGAAAUUGGAGUAAUUGGAUACAUGUCUCUGUGGAACGUCUCCAUUGACAGCAUUUCCAUGAUCGUCUUGGUCAUGUCUACAGGAUUUUGUGUAGAUUACGCUUCGCACGUGUCUUACGCGUAUAUAAAUUUUCGCAGCGAAAGCCCUAACGAAAAAUUAAAAAAUGCAUUAUAUACAGUGGGUCAUCCAGUUGUUCAAGGAUGCGUAUCCACAAUGUUGGGUGUUUCAAUAUUUUAUUUUGGAGCUUGUCACAUUUUUAUAAUAUUUCUUAAAAUUAUAUUUCUUGUUAUGUUGUUUGCUUUAAUUCAUGGUAUUUUCGUACUUCCAGUUGUUCUCAGUAUUUUUGAUGAUUUAUUUAAAUUAAUAAAAUAUAGAAAAAAAGAAACAGAACUUCAGUAA